GCGGCAUCAGUUCCUUUUCCUUCGAGAUGGUCGGGCCCCGGCUCCCGGCGCCACCGGGAAGGCGGACCGCCGCCGCAUCGGCGGGAGGCGGCGUGCGCAAGGAGAGCAAGCGCCGGCGGGGACAGCGGGCGCGAUCGGGCAGUAAGCGCGCCGGCGAAGCAAUCGAGCGCGCGCAUCGUGCUGCUUGAAUUGGUAAAACCGGAGAAGAUUAACAUGAUCUGCGAACAUUCACGCAGCAAACCUGCUGUCGAUUCCGGGGCGUUACCAACUGGAUCUCGUGUAGAAAAGGAAAUCGAGGAGGGGGAGCGUGGAUGAUCUAGAAGCGGAGUACAUAGAGAAUGCAUUCGGAUGGCCAAUAGAAAAACAGAUUCCGGUUUUUCGACGGCUAUUUAAGAAGAGAGCAAACAUGGCGUUGGUUCUCUACAACAAAAAUCAUCCAGAUGAGCAAUACCAGUUUAUAAAAGUGCGCCUCAACGAAGUUUACAGCUUCAUCGAGUAUAGGCUGCAGGAUCCUCACCAUACGCACAUGAACUUCAUGGCUCUGGACGUGAAGACAGGCUUGGAGAAGACCUUCUUUGCUGAGUUGUGUAUGUUUAAUGACGUUGAUGACGGCAACAGUGGAUUUGUCGCUACUGCCUGUGAAAUUGUUGAUGGUAACUCUGCAGGUGGCCGGAGAAUCAACCAUACCUUCAAAGAUGGGAAAUUCCCACCAGACUAUUAUGACGGUGAUAACUGCUACGCGUCUGCGGAGAGAAUAAAGCACCCUCCUGGGGCGGUCUAUAGAGCUGGGCAUGAUGUCCUUGGCUAUGGUUUCAAUGAGGAGGGAAGCUUAGUUGAGUGAAGUAGAAGAGGAAUUGGAAUUUCGUUUUUAGGAGAAGUAGUCGACGUUUACUAUGUCUUAUGUGCUCUGGGUGGAGUUUCUUUUAGGAGAAGUAUUUGUAUAGGGCUAAUGUGUCUUAUUUGCUUGAGUUUGUAGAAACAAAAACAGCUGAAGUUACUGAUUAUUUAAGGAAUGAAUUUGAUUGCUGACA